CCGGAGGGGCUGGUGGGUAACGGAAGUGGCGUCACGGCGUAGAGGAUUCUGGGAAGUGCCGGUGUCAAGAAGGAAAACGUGUUCAGAGCGCAGCACAGCGAGAUAUUUCUGCUUUUUAAAGACGUUUUUUUCGUCCAUGUCGCAAAAAUGAAAACGGAGCCGCACAAACGUUACAUCUGCUCGUUUCCGAACUGCCCGGCGGCUUAUAACAAACAGUGGAAACUGGACGCGCACUUGUGUAAACACACCGGGCUGAAGCCGUACACAUGUGACCGCGAUGGCUGCGGGAAGUCGUUCUGCAGCAGCUACCACUUGGCUCGACACGACCUCAGCCACAGCGGCGUGAAGCCCUUCCAGUGCACCGUGGACGGCUGCCGGGAGGCCUUCACCACCAACACGAACCGGGUCAGACAUGUCAGCCGCGUCCACACCCAGGAGCAGAAGAAGUACGCGUGCAAACACGAGGGCUGCGGCCUGGAGUUCAGGAAGAACAAGCAGCUCAAGUCCCACAUGUGUGAGCAGCACACCCAGCUGCCCCCCUACCAGUGCACCUAUGACGGGUGCCAGAUGAGAUUCACCUUCCCCAGCAAACUGAAGCGUCAUGAGAAGGUGCACAGAGGAUACCCCUGCAAGGAGGAGGGCUGCAGCUUCACUGGGAAGACCUGGACCGAGUAUCUGAAGCACAGGAAGGAGCAGCACAGGCUCAUCCUGAAGUGUGACCAGUGCAGCAAGGUGUUCAGGGACUCCUGGUUCCUGCAGCAGCAUCAGCGAGUCCACGCUGACACAAGGGUGGUCUACAAGUGCCCGAGGAGUGACUGCAGCAGGUCGUUCACCACGCUGUUCAACCUGCAGAGCCACAUCAGCUCCUUCCACGAGGAGCUGCGGCCCUUCGCCUGCACACACGCAGGCUGCGGGAAGACCUUUGCGAUGAGGCAGAGCCUCCAGCGCCACAGCAUCGUCCACGACCCGGAGAGGAAGAAGCUGAGGAAGCCCAGACCCAAAAGAUCUCUCGCCUCCAGGUUGAGUGGCUACAAAGACAAGAAGAAGGCGGAUCGUAAAAAGCUGAGAGAGCCUGAAUCCACACAGAGUAAGCCGGAUCCACCUGGUUCUGUGGAGCUGGUGUCCCUCCUGCACGACACGUCUCUGCUGUGCAGCCCUGCUGUAGACAUAGAUGGACUGACUGCUGCCCUGACUGCACCUCUCACUGUCUAGAGUCAGAUGAAGGACUUCACAGCAUCAUUUGGAAGACAGCAGGCACUUUACAAGAGCAUUUAUGAAGUAUUAGCAUUUCUAACUUCACACACAUUUAGUCCUUAAUAUUUAUUUAUCAGCAAAAAGCAUCAGCAGACUCUUUGUUCUGGACAGGAGGGGUUGUUUGGUUGUUUCAGGCUGGAACCUAAAGGACCCAGCAGCCAGCUGAGUUGGUUCAUUACCAGGUUUAUUUCAAGUAUUUCUGUAAACGAGAAGGAAGAAGUUUCUGUUUGGCUUUUCGUCCUCCUGUGUGUCAUCAGCUGCACUUUCUUUUCUUUCUGUGUUCUAAUGAUUUGUUUUUGUUUUUGCCUCUUCGGAAGCCAUUAAAUCGUCCUGAUCCUUCUCGUGCCACUUGUAUUUAAGAAAAUAUAUUUUUUUUGUGUGUGUGUUCGUAAAAUGUCAGAAAAUAUAAUGUUGCAGAAAGACUGUUUGUAUAAAUAAAACCCCAGCGGUUGUCACUCUGAAUCGA